UUCCAGUUUCCGAGGAUCUCCAGGGUGGUGCUUGCGUCUGCUGGUGCCAGGUCUGCUACAUGAACAUUGGAUGCAUCAGAAAGCAGUGGAGGAAUAUCAGGCCGAGUUUAUCAGUGAUGGAGGAAGUUGGAUCUGGAUGUUAUCCUCGCCCGAUGUUAGGCCCAGCCUUCAAUGUCGGUUAUGCGGGGGAAGCUGUUAGUGAGUUGCUCGUACACCAUGCUGUACAAUUUGCUCCAGUUCCCGGCUGGGGUGGUUCCGGUGGGUUCCGUCACGGAAGAAGACGAGGAGGCCCUGAGACAUUACAAGGGAUAUAACAACGAUCUCUGGGACAAACUCUUCAGAAAGGCGGUGGCGGACGGGGUGCGUUUGCCGCUGUCUGUACAGUGUGUGGCGCUGCCGUACCAGGAUGAGCUCUGCCUGCGUCUCAUGAAGGAAGUCCAGACCCUCCACAGGCGGCAGAUGAAGAGAUGAGAAGAGGACCUGAUAGAAAAGUAACCCUUUCCCAGCCACCAACCUAUUUGUUGGAUAUCUGACUUCAGAGUAAAGAAAAUGUUUUCUGAAUAUUUUUCAAUAAACAUUUAUAAAUUGUU